CUCAAACACUGUCAAGAAAUGAAGCGACAGGAGAGUCGCUGGGGUCUUGUCACGUUAUUCUUGGUUCUGGGCUGUGCAGCUGAAUUUUUCUUGAUGCAGCGUGUGAUCAGAGACUGUAUUGAGAAGGUAAGCAAUGGGACAUCCAAAUGUUUUUAACGGGGCACACAGAUGCCCGAGAGCUUUGGCAUUGGAUUUCAAUGGAACUUUAACUUCUGUGGGUCACCAUUAAUAGUUAACUUGUCUUUGUGUUUGUAGGAUACAUUAACACAUGCAGAAUACUCAAGACAGCAAGCUAUAGGUAUGUAACUAUUUCGCUGGUAUGAUAUUGUCACGCCCUGGCCUUGAGAGACCUGUUUUCUUUAGUUGGUUUGGUCAGGGUGUGUAUUUCUAUGUGUACAUUCUAUGUUUGUAGAUCUAUGUUGGCCGGGUGUGGUUCCCAAUCAGAGGCAGCUGUCGAUCGUUGUCUCUGAUUGGGGAUCAUACUUAGGUAGCCAUUUUGCCUACCUAUGUUGUGGGAUCUUGACUCUUGUUUGGCUUGUUUGUGUGUAGCCAUUGUGAGCUUCACGUUACGUUGCUUUUGUUGUUUUGUCGUGUGUUAACUUCGUUAAUAAACAUGUAUGCAUUCCACGCUGCACCUUGGUCCAAUCCUGUAUUCACCGAACGUGACAGAAGAUCCCACCCCCAAAGGACCAAGCAGCGUGCCCAGGAGGAGCAAACACCCUGGACACAGCGGGAAGCAACAUUGGUAGAUGUCCUCCUCAGUUGGGGGAAAAUUACAGAGGAGGAAUCCGUCCGUUACGGUGAGGUAAUGGAGGAGGGCUGGAGUCCGGUUCAACGGCGACGCCACCAGUGCCGACGACGAAUGAAGCCCGAGAGACAGCCCCAAGAAAAAUGUUUGGAGGGGGGCACACAGGGUGGUCGACGAAGCAGCAGGAGGCCGUGAAAGGGCUGACUGUGGAGGAGGAGGCCGCUAUUGUAGAGGUCCUCCAAGACCUGCGGAUCAGCAGUAUGAGAGAGGAGGCCACCACAUUACGGGGGCUGUUAGAGAAGAGGGAGCAGGAGCUCUCACUUCAGAAGGAGGCGCUGCAGGAGACCCAAAGGGAGAAGGAAUUAGUGGAUGCACGGAGAGAGGAGCUAGCCAGGCAACAGGAGGAGCUGAGAGAGGAGUUAACCUUCCAGCAGCAGAGAGCUCAGCCCUUAGAGCAGAGGCUGGCGGAGCCAGGUUUAGCAGAGCCAACUCCCCGUACUCGCUGUAAGGAGCGUGUGUUCAUUGAGGAACCAAGUUAUGCGGAGAUACGCACUGUGUCGUCAGUGCGCCUUCACAGCCCAGUGCGUCCUGUGCCAGUGCCCUGCACGUGCCGUGCGAAAGUCGGCAUCCAGCCAGGACGGGUUGUGCCAGCUUUACACUCCAGACCCCCAGUGCGCCUCCAAGGUCCAGUACAUCCUGCUCCAGUUCUAUGCACUGGGUUACCAGUGCGCCUCCCCAGACCGGUACGCCCCGUACCUGCUCCUCGCACCAAACCAGUAGUGCGUGUCUCCAGUCCGGUACGGCCUGUGCUUGCUCCCUGCACCAAACCAGUGGUGCGUUUAUCCAGUCCGGUACCGCCCGUACCUGCUCCCCGCACCAAACCAGUGGUGCCUGUCGCCAGCCCGGUAUGCCCCGUACCUGCUCCCCGCACCAAACCAGUGGUGCGUGUCGCCAGCUCGGUACGCCCCGUACCUGCUCCCCGUACCAAACCAGUGGUGUGUGUAUCCAGUCCGGUACGGCCCGUACCUGCUCCCCGCACCAAACCAGUGGUGCGUGUAUCCAGUCCGGUAUGCCCCGUACCUGCUCCCCGCACCAAACCAGUGGUGCGUGUAUCCAGUCCGGUACGGCCCGUACCUGCUCCUCGCGCCAAACCAGUGGUGCGUGUAUCCAGUCCGGUACGGCCCGUACCUGCUCCCCGCACCAAACCAGUGGUGCGUGUAUCCAGUCCGGUACGACCCGUACCUGCUCCCCGUACCAAACCAGUGGUGCGUGUAUCCAGUCCGGUAUGCCCCGUACCUGCUCCCCGCACCAAACCAGUGGUGCGUGUAUCCAGUCCGGUACGGCCCGUACCUGCUCCUCGCGCCAAACCAGUGGUGCGUGUCUCCAGUCCGGUACGGCCCGUGCUUGCUCCCUGCACCAAACCAGUGGUGCGUGUAUCCAGUCCUGUACGGCCCGUACCUGCUCCUCGCACCAAACCAGUGGUGCGUGUCGCCAGCCUGGUACACCCCGUGCCUGCUCCUCGCACCAAACCAGUGGUGCGUGUCUCCAGUCCGGCACGGCCCGUGCCUGGUCCUCACAGCAGACCAGUGGUCCGUGUUCCCAGCCCGGUGCGGCCCAUGCCUGUUCCUUGCACCAGACCAGUGGUGUGUGUCCCCAGCCCGGUACGGCUGGUGCCAGAGAAGUCCACUCCACCGGUGUCCAAUCCAGCUCCGGUCAGCGGCUCCACUCCAGUGCCAGAGCAGUCCGCUCUACCGGUGCUAGUCCAGGCCCGGUCAGCUGCUCCAGUCCAGAGCCAGAGCAGUCCGCUCCACCGGGGUCCAGUUCAGCUCCGGUCAGCGGCUCCACUCCAGAACCAGACGUCAGCCCCUCUCCAGGGUCGGGGUCUCCCACACCAGGUUCCAGACAGGGCUUGGUGCUUCGUGGGAGGACUGAGAGGGGAAGCAUCGCGCCGAGGUCCAGACCGGACCAGGGGUGCAACGGGGAGGCAGUAAGGGAGAGGACGUCACGCCCAGAGCCAGAGCCGCCACCGAGGCUAGAUGCCCACCCGGACCCUCCCCUGUUAAGUUAGGUUUUGCUGUCACACCCUGGCCUUGAGAGACAGGUUUUCUUUAGUUGGUUUGGUCAGGGUGUGUAUUUCUAUGUUUGUAGAUCUAUGUUGGCCGGGUAUGGUUCCCAAUCACAGGCAGCUGUCGAUCGUUGUCUCUGAUUGGGGAUCAUACUUAGGUAGUCAUUUUGCCUACCUAUGUUGUGGGAUCUUGACUCUUGUUUGGCUUGUUUGUGUGUAGCCAUUGUGAGCUUCACGUUACGUUGCUUUUGUUGUUUUGUCGUGUGUUAACUUCGUUAAUAAACAUGUAUGCAUUCCACGCUGCAUCUUGGUCCAAUCCUGUAUUCACCGAAUGUGACAGAUAUGUCUUCCAUGGUACAUUCCUUUGAUUUUAUGAAUGAAACCUAGAGACAGGCGCGUCUGUCAGCAGCUUACAGCAAGCAUCCCCUUUUUCCUACCAGAUCGUCAAGGACAGAAUCUGAAGCCAAACGCUCACCUGACAAGUAGGUCUUAGUAAAGCGUGUUUUUAUUAUAUUCUGAUAUAUAUAUAUAUAUAUAUAUAUAUACAGUACCAGUCAAAAGUAUACAGUACCAGUCAAAAGUUUGGACACAUCUACUCAUUCAAGGGUUUUUCUUUAUUUUUACUAUUUUCUACAUUGUAGAACAAUAGUGAAGACAUCAAAACUAUGAAGUAACACAUAUGGAAUCAUGGGUCAUUGUCCUGUUGAAAAACAAAUGAUAGUCCCACUAAAACCAAACCAGAUGGGAUGACACAUCGCUGCAGAAUGCUGUGGCAAACAUGCUGGUUAAGUGUGCCUUGAAUUCUAAAUAAAUCACAGACAGUGUCACCAGCAAAGCACCCCACACCAUAACACCACCUCCUCCAUGCUGGGAACUAAACAUGCGGAGAUCAUCCGUUCACCCACACCGCGUCUCACAAAGACAUGGCGCUUGGAACCAAAAAUCUCAAAUUUGGACUCCAGACCAAAGGACACAUUUCCACCGGUCUAAUGUCCAUUGCGCAUGUUUCUUGGCCCAAGUAGAUCUCUUCUUCUUAUUGGUGUCCUUUAGUAGUGGUUUCUUUGCAGCAAUUCGACCAUGAAGGCCUGAUUCACACAGUCCCCUCUGAACAGUUGAUGUUGAGAUGUGUCUGUGACUUGAACUCUGUGAAGCAUUUAUUUGGGCUGCAAUUUCUGAGGCUGGUAACUCUAAUGAACUUAUCCUCUGCAGCAGAGGUAACUCUGGGUCUUCCAUUCCUGUGGUGGUCCUCAGGAGAGCCAAUUUCAUCAUAGCUCUUGAUGGUUUUUGUGACUGCACUUGAAGAAACUUUCAAAGUUCUUGAAAUGUUCCGUAUUGACUGACCUUCAUGUCUUAAAGUAAUGAUGGACUGUCGUUUCUCUUUGCUUAUUUGAGCUGUUCUUGCCAUAAUAUGGACUUGGUAUUUUACCAAAUAGGGCUAUCUUCUGUAUACCCCCCCUACCUUGUCACAACACAACUGAUGGCUCAAACACAUUAAGAAGGAAAAAAUUCCACAAAUUAACUUUUAAGAAGGCACACCUGUUAAUUGAAAUGCAUUCCAGGUGACUACCUCAUGAAGCUGGAUGAGAGAAUGCCAAGCAUGUGCAAAGCUGUCAUCAAGGCAAAGGGUGGCUAUUUGAAGAAUCUCAAAUACAUUUUGAUUUGUUUAACACUUUUUUAGUUACUACAUGAUUCCAUAUGUGUUAUUUAAUCAUAUUGAUGUCUGCACUAUUAUUCUACAAUGUAAAAAAUAGUAAAAAUAAAGAAUAACCCUUGAAUGAGUAGGUGUGUCCAAACUUUUGACUGGUAGUUUGUAUAUAUACACACUACCGUUCAAAAGUUUGGGGUCACUUAGAAAUGUUGUUGUUUUCGAAAGAAAAGCAAUUUUUUUGGUCCAUUAAAAUAACAUCAAAUUGAUCAGAAAUACAGUGUAGACAUUGUUAAUGUUGUAAAUGGCUAUUGUAGCUGGAAACUGCAGAUUUUUUUAUGGAAUAGAUACAUAGGCAUACAGAGGCCCAUUAUCAGCAACCAUCAGUCCUGUGUUCCAAUGGCACGUUGUGUUUGCUAAUCCAAGUUUAUCAUUUCAAAAGGCUAAUUGAUCAUUAGAAAACCCUUUUGCAAUUAUGUUAUCACAGCUGAAAACUGUUGUGCUGAUUAAAGAAGCAAUAAAACUGGCCUUCUUGAGACUAGUUGAGUAUCUGGAGCAUAUAUCUCAGUCUGCCCAUCUUAAUCUUUUCUUUUUAUUGGCCAGUCUGAGAUAUGGCUUUUUCUUUGCAACUCUGCCAAGAAGGUCAGCAUCCCGAAGUCGCCUCUUCACUGUUGACGUUGAGACUGGUGUUUUGCUGGUACUAUUUAAUGAAGCUGCCAGUUGGGGACCUGUGAUGCGUCUGUUUCUCAAACUAGACACUCUAAUGUAUUUGUCCUCUUGCGCAGUUGUGCACCGGGGCCUCCCAUUCCUCUUUCUAUUCUGGUUAGAGCCAGUUUGCGCUGUUCUGUGAAAGGAGUAGUACACAGCGUUGUACGAGAUCUUCAGUUUCUUGGCAAUUUCUCGCAUGGAAUAGCCUUCAUUUCUCAGAACAAGAAUAGACUGAUGAGUUUCAGAAGAAAGUUAUUUGUUUCUGGCCAUUUUGAGCCUGUAAUCGAACCUACAAUUGCUGACGCUCCAGAUACUCAACUCGUCUCAGGAAGGCCAGUUUAAUUCCUUCUUUAAUCAGCACAACAGUUUUCAGCUAUGCUAACAUAAUUGCAAAAGGGUUUUCUUACGAUCAAUUAGCCUUUUAAAAUGAUGAACUUGGAUUAGCUAACACAACGUGCCAUUGGAAUACAGGACUGAUGGUUGCUGAUAAUGGGCCUCUGUACGCCUAUGUAGAUAUUCCAUUAAAAAUCAGCCGUUUCCAGCUACAAUAGCCAUUUACAACAUGAACAACGUCUACACUGUACUUCUGAUCAAUUUGAUGUUAUUUGACAUUUCUAAGUGACCCCAAACUUUUGAACGGUAGUGUGUGUGUGUGUGUGUGUGUGUAUAUACAUACACACACACACACAGGCUUGCAUGUGAUUGGACCGGAUGUGUAGGUUUGCACUGUGUUACCAUUGUUUUGAGGAUUUAUACCAAUUAUUCUUGUUAUACAAUUUUAUUAUCCCAUGUAGCCUAGAUGUGCCUUCAUGAUUCUCUUGUAGGAACCACAUGCCUUUUGGAUAUCACUGAGAAAUCCCUAGUGUAUGGGUAUGGUGUUAUUCACAUGCCUGAUCAAACUUCCUGCUUAGUUCGCUGAUAGGCUAUAGUGUGCACACUGUGAGUCUGUGGUAAUAUUGUGUGAGAGCAGCUGUCAGGAAUGUUGGAUUUUUGUAUUUUGAAUAUCAAGUGGAUAUAUUUCCAGAAUCACGAUCAUUUAUAUAUUUCCUCUGAUCCUCUCCAUCUUCUCCUACCUCCAGCAUCAUCAAGCUGCAACUCCGUAGCCUAAAGACUACAUCCAAUGGGAACACCAGGACACCGGCUUGGUGCACAUGCAGAAUUUCACCUAUGACGAGAACAAGCAAGCUCUGGUUGUCCCUCAGGGAGGCCGAUACUUUGUCUACGUGGGGGUCAACUUUCGAAUGCCGGAUAAGGACAAGGUAUCUGGCGAGGUCCAUUUUCUUAGCCUGAAAGUCCUGAAAUACUCCAAUAGCUAUGAAAAUAAUUGGCCUAUCAUGGAAGUCAAGGAUAGCAUACCAGAUGAUAGGAGAGGAGAGAGAAGGACAAUGUACACAGGACAGGUGGUCACCCUGGAGGAAGGGGAUCUCCUGAUGGUGUCCAUUGAUGAAGACAAUUAUGAACUGAUUGACUGUUCGGCAGAGACCACCAUGUUUAUU